AUGAUGGAAAGAAUAAGAAAAGAGAUGAUCUUGAUGGAAAGAGGGUUGCACAGCCCUGGCAAAAGGCUGGCGAAUUUGUCCGAUCCGGCCGGGAACGCCGUCCUGGAGGCCCUCGAAAAUUCGCCACACAGCGGCCGCCUCAGCCCCAGACUAACUUCCGCUUCUCUGCACAGCUCUAUAGGGGACAUUCCUGCCAAAGGCAAAUUCGAAAUAGACACCUUAUUCAACCUUCAGCACCAGAACAGCGAAAGCGCCGCCGCCGCCGCCUCGGAGCUGCCGCCUCCCGCCUCUGAAAGCAGGAAGAAAAUUAGCCAUUAUUCAGAAGUUGCUCAAGAGGCAGAUAUGAACAGCGAUGUGGAGGUGGGCUGCUCCGCGCUCCGCUCGCCCACCAGCUUGACUUCCUCCCAGCUGAAGGAAAACAAUAACAAAGGCUAUUCCGAAAGCAGCUCGACUCCCGGCACCACCACGUCGUCCUCCAGCUCCAGCUUAAGCAGCCUGCACGGCGGGAGCGCCUUGGGGAACUCCAGCUCGAGUGCGGAUCAAGUGCGGAGGUACCGCACCGCCUUCACCCGGGAACAGAUCGCCCGCCUGGAGAAGGAGUUCUACCGCGAGAACUAUGUCUCCCGGCCCCGGCGCUGCGAGUUGGCCGCGGCGCUCAACCUCCCGGAGACCACCAUCAAGGUAUGGGAAGCGAACCGGGGCGCCGGAGACGGAAGUGGGGGCUCCGACAAAGCAGCCGGGAGAGGGGCGGUGGGAAGAAAGCGAGGGAGGCUGAGGGUCCCUCCUCGCCGUCCCACCGGCUUUCGGGGCUCCCGAGUCCCGUCUGGUGAGAUCGCCCCUUCCAGCUGA